AUGCCCAUCGGCAACAACGAAUCAGGCGUGUCCUCGGGCAUCAAGUUCGUCACCAGCACCAUCGGCAACACGGUCGGCGGGCUCACCAACACGGUCGGCGGCGUCGUGGGUGCCGCUGGCCGCGGCAUCGGCGAGACGCUCGAGGGCGCCACCGGCAGCGCCGGCAGGCCCGUUGCCCGCGGCGUGGCCGACGCGGCGACCGGCAUCGAGGACGGCAGCGCUCGCAUCGCGAAGGGCGUCAAGGAUGCCGGGCAGGGCAGGUGA